AUGUCCGUCACCUACUGUCUUCAACUUUUCCAAGUCGCGCCUCGAAUGCUCAGCUGUGACCUUAGCCACGUUCGCGACACUCAACAAUUUCCUUCACCUAGCAAGCAUAUCGUCCCCCAACUUCUCCCGGUGCUGAAGAUUAACACCGACGGGCUCGAAAUAUCAGAAGCACUGGUCGGCGCCUUGUCUCUCCUUGCCUUGAAGGUGCUGGUUUAUGGCAAUGAGCAAACUGAAUCUUUGCGCUUCCUCUUGCAGCGCUCUUCCUCUCCCUUGACGAAAUUGCCGAUGAUAGACAAUGACGAGCUAGCAACAACCGACCUCACCUUAAUCUCCACGACUGCUCUCUCAGAGGAUGGCAAACCAACUUUCCUCCCUCAUCUUCAGUCUCUUUGCCUAUCAGGAGAGGACGAAUUCGCAUGGGAAGUCAUUCCUAGGGUAUUUCCACUCCCCCCUGCAUCCGAUGAAUGUCGCCAACGGCCCCUGAAAUUCCUGGGAAUUGAAAUAUCUGAGUGGUGUACGGUCCUGAUGGAGGAGCAGGUACUUGCGAAGAUAGAGGCACUCGUCAAUGUUGGAAUUGAUAUCAGCAUUACCGAAGAUCUGGCUCAGAGGGUGAAGGUGAUGGAGAAUGCUAAUGAGGACGAAAAUGGUGAUUUCGACAGCGAGUGA